CGCUGCUCAUUGCUGUUGCUGACAAUAAUUAGCUAGCAAGUUGGCCAAAAAGCGGUCAGAGACCGACAGAAAAUUUCAGUUUAACCGCGAUUGCCAAUCGCUUAAGACGUUUUUUAAAACCAUCAACGGCGUGUCGUUGCUUACAUUCAUUUUGUCUUUGAAAGUUUUACUGUGUUGGAAGUCGGUCUUGAACAUUUCUGCUUUUUUGCUUUCAAGUUCACAUAUCAAGACAGUUCGAAGAAAAAAAUUGAAUCGAGUCCAUAGACAAGUUUAAAGCAUUGAACGCACAUGUUAUAAAGUUGCAAUUGCAAUAACAAUUAAUUAAUUAAAUACCGCUUGGGCAUACUUAUGUAUGUUGAUUUUUGUAUUUUGUAUAGAUUUGCGUGUAUAGUGUUUAUAAACCAUUAACUAUUGCAAAACGUUUGAGUGAUUUUUUAGAAUAAACAUUUAACAACAUUUCCGUGUGUACAAUUUACAAAUAUAUAUACAACUUUUACCACUGCCAAGAUUGUGUCGACGAUAUGAGUUUGGGCGGUGAAAAAUCGUUCAAAAUGCGGAUGCGGGACAUGGAAAACGCUUUCAAAUACCGCCGAAUACCAUACCCAAAACGAUCCGUUGAACUCAUCGCUAUUUUGGCGAUAUCAUGCACAUUUUUCCUUUUCAUGCAUACAAAUAAACUUAACAGCCGCCUCAAAGAGAUGGAAGUCAAGUUGCAACCAUCGGAAUUCUCAGCGCUCGGCUUAACUGGCAAUCAAAUCAAUCCAAGGGAGUCAUCAAGACGUGAUAAUAUCAACACACUUCAUGGCACCUAUCAAUAUCUCAAGAGCACCGGCCAGUUGCCGUAUUUGACACCUGAAAGUGUCAACCAAACAUCAAAAGCUCAAGUAGAGAUCGUCCUAUUCAAUCGUGUUCCCAAAGUGGGUAGCCAAACGAUGAUGGCUCUUUUAAGUUUACUCGGUAAACGCCAUGAAUUUAGGGCACGUCGUGAUAAACCCUCCCCAAUGGAGACCGUAAUGCUGACAAAGACAUUCGAAAAUAGUGUAGCAGAUGAGAUAAUGGAGAAAGGAGAAGGAACAACAUAUACAAAACAUGUGGCAUUCAUUGAUUUCGGGAAACUAGACUUACCUUGGCCCAUUUACAUAAAUCUAGUACGUCAUCCGGUCGAACGUUUAAUUAGUUGGUUUUACUAUGUGCGUGCUCCUUGGUAUAUUGCAGAACGUGUGCGGAAUUUCCCCGGGGAAUAUAAAGUUCCCAGCAUAAAAUGGUUGAAGAAAUCUUUUGAAACUUGCGUACUACAACACCAUGAAGAGUGUACAUUUACUCAAGGCGAAGAGCAUAGUCUAGGUGAUCAUCGUCGACAAAUGCUGUUUUUUUGUGGUCAAAAUAGAGAGUUAUGCAUGCCGUUCAAUUCAUACCAGGCAAUGCAACGGGCAAAAAGAAAUGUUGAAAAUUAUUAUUCUGUGAUUGGUACUUGGGAAGAGACUAAUAUUACGCUGACAGUGCUGGAACAUUAUAUACCGAGGUUCUUUUCAGGAGCAACGGAGGCAUAUUAUCAGGCUCAGAAUCGAUUACACCAAGUUAAUAGGAAUUCAAUUAAACCCAGUGUUUCACAGGAAGUGCGUGAAAUAUUGCACAAGAAUUUAACCAAUGAAAUUGAAUUUUACAAUUUCUGUAAACAGCGUCUUUAUAAACAAUAUAUUGCUAUAAAAUCGUUACGUUAUGAAAUUUAAAUUCGCUUUGAAAGGAUAUUACUAUCGUAAGAAGCUUGAGCUCAACACUAUUUUCUUGCAAGGCUGUCAUAGCGAAUGGAAAAGUAUUUUUUUUUUAAAUUUAAUAUGACAUAUUUGCCUUGUACGCUUUAUGCAGAACUAAUUAUCAUGUAGCAUAAUUUGUAAUUUAUUACUGCCUUUACUUUCUAAGAUACUUAGUAUUAACUUUUUUAAUUUGUUAUAUUUUAUCUUCUCAACCAAAUUAAAUAAUACUUCAAUUAGCUAUACUAGAUCAGCUGUUUUUCUGCUGAAAAAUCAUGGUAUCAUCAAAGCGAAGUACUCGUACGAAAACUGUACGAGUAUAUUCACUCUACUUAUAACAUUUCUUGAUUCUCCAAUUUUCUUUCUGAGUUAUGAUGGCCGAUUAACAUAAUACUAUAUAUGUAUAUAUAUGAGUAAUUAUAUGUCAUAUAAAAUGGUCUUACUUCUAUAAUCAAAAUGGUGGUAAAUUCGUAAGUUAUAUCACAUGUGAUAAUCGCUAUAGCUUUGAAAAAUUUUUAAAAACUAUUAAGAAAAACUUAUUUUCAAUAUAGUCAAUAAGACUUUCAACCGUAAUAAAAAAUUGUUCUUUUUGGAAUAUACUUGUAUGAAAGAUGAGUUUUAAUGCUCUGUAGGUUAAAAUAGUGAGACUGUUAAAGAUACUUUUGUAUCUUAAAAAGCAUAGGGUAAUUAUAUUCGAACUCUUCUGGGUUAAUUUUAUUGUGCUGUCACAUUCAUAUAACCUAAGAGCGUUUUUGUUAUCGGUUAUGUUCAUCUUUUAUACAUUUGUGCUACUAAUCUCCUUAAAAGUUGUUGAUUUUCACGUAGUGACCCUGUUUCCAUUAGCUUCCUUUCAUUAUACCGUUAUUUUUGUCCAUAAUCGUUUGUAAGCCUAUUAAUGGUUGAGGUUCAAGUCGGUCUCAUUACGAUAAAAAAAAGAAAAUUCUUGCUGUAUGUUAUGGCCACAACUCAAUCCCCUAACAGCGCAAUCCGCGAAAUGUACGC